UCAAAUGCAGGAAGAGGAGCCACGCGGGUCGGCCAAAACACACUUCGAGGCUCGUAUCCCUUUAAGAAGAUUGGUUUGAUCCUAAUAGAAGACCCUUAAUAUUGCUCUAUUGCUGCAGGGAGAUUCAAAGCAUUACAGUCUCGCGCUCUUCCCAGGUGGAAACUGGGAAUUGCAGGGUUAAAACACCAAAACAACAAACUACAGUUCCCAGAAGCCCAUGCACAGGAAAUGAUGGAAGAGCGGGGUGUGAAUCCGGGUUUGCUGCUGAGCCUUUCAGUGAGUUCCGCUACUUGCAGAGGCUCGCUUUGCGAGAUGCCAUUGCAGUGAAGUGUCAUGAUACAAUUCUUGCAAUGUCCUUGUUUGCUUCUCAGGAAAAGAUUCAGCCAGGUGGAAGAUCUCCAAUGAAAUCCUCAGAGGCCCCCAUGAACUUCUUGGAAGGGGGCAGCUUGGCUGAAGAGUUUCUGCGCAUCGAACGAGAGCAGAUGGUCCGCCUGGGGGACCUCACCUUCCCAGAGUCCGUUCGAUAUGUUUACAAGCCUCUGGAUUAUGCCUGGGAGCCACACCAAGAUUAUGUGCAUCGAUACUGCCAGUCUCCCAAGGAGGUGCUUUUUCUUGGCAUGAAUCCUGGACCUUUUGGUAUGGCACAGACUGGGGUGCCAUUUGGAGCAGUGCAGCCUGUCCGAGACUGGCUCCAGAUACGUGGGGAGGUUUCUAGGCCAGCAUGUGAGCACCCCAAGAGACCCAUCCGGGGCCUGGAGUGCCCCCAGACGGAGGUGAGUGGGGCCCGCUUCUGGGGUUUCUUCCGCUCCCUGUGUGCCGGUCCUGAUGUCUUCUUCCGCCGCUGUUUUGUUCACAACCACUGCCCAUUGCUUUUCGUCAGCGAGAGUGGGCGCAACCUGACUCCGGCAGACUUGCCAGCAGCCCAGCGAGAACAGCUCUUGCAGGUCUGUGAUGAUGCGCUGUGCGAAACGGUGAAGCUAUUGGGCAUUGCGAUGGUCAUUGGUGUGGGACGGUUUGCGGAACAGCGGGCCCGCAAGGCCCUGGCGGCCUCUGGUAUUACCGUGCGGGUCGAAGGGGUGAUGCACCCGUCACCUCGCAACCCUCAGGCUAAUAAGGGCUGGGAUGCUAUCAUGAGAGCAAAACUGGAAGAGCUUGGCGUGAUGCCUCUCAUCACAGGCUGAUCUGCUGAUGGGACCAAGACGCAGAAAAAAACUCUGUGCUAUUUCUUCCUCAUCCUUUGAGUAUCAUGUCUUCUGGAUAUGCCAGUGGCAGAGAAGCUGCUAGCCUUGGGUUAAGACAUUACAAGCAGAGCUGGACAAAGUGCUGAUUUUUAGGCGAUGAAGGAUUCCAAGGACAACAGUACAAAGAAGGAACUUUUUGAAGCUCUGCAUACAGACUAUUCUACUAUGGACUCUACAGUAAUCUUCUGCAUACACUACUCUUAUUUGCAAUCCUAGACUGACUUAUAAUCCACUUUUUCAGAUUCUUCUGGAGCCCAAUGAUGAGACAUUUCCUGGAUUUGGUCUCUAUGUCUAUUUCCAUGUGUUUUGGUGCUAAAACUUCGUCAGAGGGAUGUAUAGAAGCUCAUACAGUUGCUUUUUUCAUUUGAAUUAUUCUGUCUGCUGUUGAAUUCCUCAUGGUCAGUGCAUUGUGCCUCUUUUGUAAGCUGCCCUGAGUCUCCUUCGGAGUGAGAAGGGUGGAAUAUAAAUGUCAAUAAAUAAAUGCUUAAAUAGUCAAGUUGAA